AUGGCUGAGAGGAAGGAAUUAGCGUUACCAAAGACUUCAAUUAGUUUGAAGGAGCAAUUAGCGAGAACUACUCUAAGGAAUUUGAAGUUACAAGGGCACACGUACGUUGAGCUACGUGAAGAUGGGAAACGGUUCGUAUUCUUCUGCACUCUGUGUCUAGCUCCUUGCUACAGCGACACGAUUUUGCUUGGGCACUUGAACGGGAGCCUUCACAAGGAGAGAUUGUCAUGUGCUAGGAUCACACUCCUUGGACCGAAUCCUUGGCCUUUCAGUGACGGUGUCCUUUUCUUCGAUAGCUCAACCGGAGAAGAAGAGAAAACUCUAAUCUCUGACUGUGAAGUUGUUCACAGUCCGUUGCAGCAUUGCAGCGACGAUGAUAGAUUGGCUAUUGUCAAGUAUGAUGGAAACGGGACGAGUGAAUUACAUGGAGAUAACCAAUCUGCUGUGGAUACGGGUGAUGUACCUAGUCACUGUGGAGAUAAUCUGUUAAUCUCGAAUGUUCUGAUCAAGGAGAGAACUCUUGAUGUGGAAGCAAAGUUCAUUGGGUUUGGCCGUAUAGCUGCUAGGUUGUUUGAAGUGAAACGACGCUCUACUUGGAUUGAUAAACUAUGGUGCGAGUGGUUAGGAGAGGAGGGUCCUUCAGAUGAGGAGAAGGCUACAGUCCCAGAGCAUGACUUUGCUAUUGUCACAUUCUCCUACUUCUACAAUUUGGGUAGGCUGGGUUUGCUCGACGAUGCGAGCCGUCUUCUCACAUCUGGUCAGUCAGCAGAAUCAGGGAACGGCGAGGACAGUGGCAGGAAGAGAAAGAAGUCAUUUUCGGAUCCAGAGGACACUAGCGACUCUCUGUGUAAUCAGUAUGACUCUUCCGAGGAGGUUUCUUCAGCUCGUAAUUCGAGCUCUUCGAGAGCUCUAAUGACUGAUGAUGAUCUUGUGGUGAACAAAAGAGUCAUCAAGAACAAAACGUUAAGACGGGAGCUUCGUAAGCAGCAGAGGAUAUUCUCUGAAAGGAUAUGCGAAGUGUGUAAGCAAAAGAUGCUUCCAGGGAAAGAUGCCGCAACGAUACUAAACAUGAAGACUGGGAAACUUGUUUGCGGCAGCAGAAACCUCCUUGGGGCGUUUCACCUAUUUCACGUGUCUUGCGUCGUGCACUGGUUUCUCUUCUGCGAGACUGAGAUACUUGGGAGCAAGAUUAAGUAUGGAAAAGGGAAAAGGAGAUGCACGAAGCAGAGUGGUGUGAAGUCGAAUGAGUUAAACAAUGUGAGCUGGGAGAUAUUUUCGGUCUUCUGUCCAGAAUGUCAAGGCACAGGCAUAGAUAUUGAAGGAGGUGUGAUUGAGAGAGACACGUUUCCGCUUUCUCAGACUUGGAGGUUCCAGGUGAAAGUAAGUGAAGGUCGAAAAGCAUGGGUGAAGAAUCCGGAAAGGUUGGAGAAUUGCUCAACAGGUUUUCAUUUCCCGCAGCAGGAAGAAGAGGCGGUUAAGGGUCAGGAGGAAAGAGUGCAGAACAUGAAACUGGUUCGUUUCUACCGAGUGGAGAUGUAA